GGGGCGGUGCUACCCUCCCCGGGGGCGGUGGGGUUUCCCGGUGGCGGCUCUGACAGCGGUGCGGUCCCAGCGGGUGGUGGAAGAAAGCACCCACCGCCCCCGGCCCGGCCAUGUCGGAGCCCGGUGCCCCCGCGGUCGGUGACAAAGCGCCCCGGCUCCAGGACCGCGUCCUGGGGGGGGUGCGCUGGGGCCGCCUCCUGGAGCCCCUGGGCUUCAUCAAGGUGCUGGAAUGGCUCUUCGCCAUCUUCGCCUUCGGCGCCUGCGGCUCCUUCGGCGGCGAGACGGGGGCCACGGUGAAAUGCGGCGGCGACACCAAAGAGAUGAGCGCCAUUUCCGUCCAGUUCGGGUACCCCUUCAGGUUAUACCAGAUCCCCUUCGAGAUGCCGGAUUGCGCGGGGGAGUCGGAGACCCGCACCCUGCACCUCGUCGGCGAUUUCUCCGCUCCCGCCGAAUUUUUCGUGACCCUGGGGGUCUUCUCCUUCCUCUACACCAUGGCAGCUCUGGUGCUUUACCUCCGCUUUCAUUCCCUCUACGGCGAAAAUAAGAAGCUCCCCAUCGCGGAUUUCUGCGUCACCGUCUGCUUCACCUUCUUCUGGCUGGUGGCGGCGGCGGCGUGGGGCAAGGGGCUGACGGACGUGAAGGCGGCCACGCGGCCCGCCAGCCUCAUCGCCGCCAUGGGGGUCUGCCAGGAGGAGGAGGUGGUCUGCGCCGCCGGCACCACGCCGGCCAUGGGGCUGGCCAACAUCUCCGUGCUCUUCGGCUUCAUCAACUUUCUGCUGUGGGCCGGGAACUGCUGGUUCGUGCUGAAGGAGACGCCGUGGCAGGCGCAGGCUGCGCCCCGCGACAGCGCCGCCGAGCAGGGGGCCAUCGACAAGCAGUAGCCACCCCGGGGGGGGGGGGGGGGGUCCCGUCCCCCCCCCACACCACUCACCCCCACCCCACCCCCGUCCCCCCCGCCCCGUCCCCCGGCACCUCGCGCCGGCCGCCAGCCCGGGGACGGGGGUUGGAGCCGCGGG